CGCGUCGAUUAGGCGGUUAGAUUUGAAUACUGCACGGAAGCUGUCUGGGCGCUGUUAGGUGACGUCCAGAGGCGACGGUGAACUACCUCUCCGAACCCUGCGGACCCUAACCGAACCCCGCGGACCCCAAACAGAUGUAAGGAGAAUUUCUUAAGCAGGAGGCUGCGGCAGAAAGAUUUUCUUCUAAAAUGGAUGGGAUGUCUUCAGAGACUAAUGAAGAAAAUGACAAUAUAGAGAGGCCUGUUAGAAGACGACAUUCCUCAAUUUUGAAGCCCCCAAGGAGUCCUCUUCAGGACCUCAGAGGUGGUAAUGAAAUAGUUCAGGAACCCAAUGCGUUGAGAAAUAAGAAAAGCUCUCGUCGAGUCAGCUUUGCAGAUACUAUAAAGGUAUUCCAGACAGAAUCUCAUAUGAAAAUAAUGAGAGAAUCAGAAAUUACAGAAACAGAUGCAAGGGAAAAUGUUCUCUUUAUACAGAAUAAGAAUCCAGAAGAUAAUUACUGUGAGAUUACUGGGAUGAACCCAUUGCUUUGUGCUCCCAUUCAGACUCAAAUGCAACAGAGAGAGAUUUCAGUUAUAGAAUACAACCGUGAAAAGAAACAUGCAAAUGACCAGACAGUCAUCUUUUCAGAUGAAAACCAAAUGGACCUGACAACAAGUCACACUGUGAUGAUUGCUAAAGGCCUUGUCGAUUAUACCAAAAGUGAAAAGUCCUCCAAGAUAGAUACCACAUCGUUUCUGGCUAACUUAAAGCUCCACACUGAGAAUUCAAGAAUGAAAAAAGAAUUAAAUUUUUCCAUGGAUCAAAACACUUCUUCAGGAAAGAAAAUAAAUUUUAAUGACUUCAUAAAAAGAUUGAAAACAGGAAAAUCUAAUGCUUCCUCUACAGGACCUGAUAAAGAAAAUUCUGAGAUAUCUAUUCAUUCUAAAGAGUCAAAUAGGGCCUCUUCUGUACAUCAAAUGCAUGUAUCUCUUAAUGUAGAUGAAAAUAGCAGUAAUAUGACUAGACUCUUUAGAGAACAAGAUGAUGGGAUGAAUUUCACACAGUGUCAUACAGCCAAUAUUCAGAGUUUGAUUCCCACAUCCAGUGAAGCCAACUUAAGGGAAUUUAAAAGUGAUGAUAUUACAGUUUAUGGCAGUGACUUGAUGGACUUGACAAUGAACCACACUAUACAAAAUUUACCCUCAGCAGGUAAUUUAUCUGAAAUAGAAAAUCAAACUCAGACUGUUAUGAUGAAUGUUACAACAGGUUACGGAACUAAAGCUCCAGGAGAGAAAACAGUCUUUAAGAAUAAACCAAAUGCUGCUUUUCGAGACCCUUCCUUAAAUCCCAAAGGUGAAAUACAUAUUACCAGAAGUAUUACAGGGACAGAAACUCACACAGUCACACAGACUUCUAAGCAAGAUGUCAGAACUUUGGCCAUGAUCCCAGAAUCUAUAUGUUCCAGUCCAGUUAUUCAAGAUUAUAAGACCUUUUCUUAUUCUAAUUGUAAUGAUGCCAUGGAACUUACCAAGUGUCUUUCAAGUAUGAGAGAGGAAAAAAAUUUGCUAAAGCAUGAGAGUAUUUAUUCCAAAAUGUAUCCCAAUCCAGAUGCCACCUCUCUUCUCAUAGAGAAAACUAUUUAUUCAGGAGAGGAUAGCAUGGACAUUACCAAGAGUCACACAGUUGCAAUAGAUAAUCAAAUUUUUGAACAAGAUCAGACACAUGUACAGAUAGCAGCCAUACCUGAAACAUCUGAAAAAGAAAUGAUCCCAAAUCGCAUAACCAUGUCAAAAGAUGAGGAAUUGAAUAUAAAUUGUAGCUCAGUUCCUCAUAUGUCUAAGGAAAGAUUACAACAAGGCCUGGUAAAUCCUUUAUCUGUUUCAUUGACUGACAAAAACACUGUAACCUUCACAGGUGAAGAUAAGAAUUUGACAAAAAGUCACACAACUAACUUAAGACGUCAAGCUCCUCGUGCAUUUUAUAACCUAGUAUCUGGGAAUACUGGUAAAUCUCACCCUGACAGCAAAAGUCCUUUAGAUGAAUGGGAAGAAAUGACCAAAAGUCAUAUUGAACCAUCCCAGCAACCAAACAUAAUGUCUAAAAACAUUCUAACUGAUACCUGCAGCAAAGAAAAAGAUCAAGUUUUGAAGAUUUCACCCUAUCUUGAUAAAGAUUCUCCUCAGUCAGCCAAUAUUAACCCAGACAAGGCAACAAGCUGUAAUAUAGCAUACUCUGGUAGAGAUCCUAAUAAACAAGCAGCACCGGGAAAUAAUAGAAAUGCAGUUUCAUGUGAGCAGUCUUUGUUUUCUACCAUAAAACUAUAUUCAUUAGAAGGACAGUCUGCCAUGGAAAAUCAUAAUACUGCUAUUAACAGUCAUACAGUAAAAUCUAUACCAGGCCAGAAUUCUAAACUGCCUGAGCCACUGAGGAAAGGCUUAGGCAAUCCUACCAUGGACUGUUCUCAUGACAAAAUAAUUGUUUGUUCAGAAGAGGAACAAAAUAUGGAUCUAACCAAGAGUCACACUGUUGUCAUUGGAUUUGGUCCUUCUGAACUACAAGAACUUGGUAAGACUAAUUUAGAAAAUACUAACAGCCAACUAACAGUAAAUAGACAAGUAAGUAUAAAAGUUGAAAAAUGUAAUAAAACUCCUAUAGAAAAAACUGGAGUAUUUAUUUCUAAUGAUAUGGAUGUGUUGGAGGACAGAUGUGUACAGAAACCUGGAUUUCUGAAUGAAAAGCAAGAUGUCAAAAUCUGUGGAAGGAAAAGUGUUGGCAGACUAAAACUUGAUAGGACUAUUAUAUUUUUAGAAGGUGGUGAGAAUGAUAUGGAUAUCACCAAGAGUUAUACAGUGGAAAUAAAUCACAGACCUUCAUUAGAUGAACAUGAUUCCCAUUUGGUGCCUUUAGCAGGAACUUCUAAAACUGUUUCGUAUUCAUGUGGGCAAGAUGACAUGGAUGUCACUCGAAGUCACACAACUGCCAUAGAAUGUGAAACUGUCUCACCAGAUAAAAUAACUACUAAGCCUCUGGACAAAACUGUAAUGUUUAUGGAUAAUCAUGAUGAACUUGAAAUGACAAAGUCCCACACUGUUUUCAUUGACUACCAAGCAAAGGAAAGAACUGUGCUUUCAGACAGACCUGACUUCGAAUUAUCUGAAAGGAAAAGCCUAGGAAAAUUAAAAGUGACUUCUGCUGAGGACAGUGUGUUUCUUCCAGAGAGAGGUGAAAGUGACAAUUCAGCAAAAAUCUGCCAGCUAACAGUACUGAGGGAACGGUCUAAUAGUGGUCCUAUAGGGGAAGCUGUAGCGUUUAUGGCUGAUGAUAACAUGGAUGUGUCUAAAUCAACCAUUUGGAAAAGUGACAAAGAUGUACAAAAGCCUAGAUUUCUGAAUGAACCUCUGUCAGGCAAAAGUCAAAGAAGAAAAAGCCUUAGAUUCAAAAAUGACAAGCCUAUUGCAUUUUCAAGUAACGAUCAAAAUGAUAUGGAUAUCAUCCAGAGUUGUACAGUGGAAAUAAGUAACAAAAAUACCCUGGAAGAUACAGAGGACUCCCAUUUGAUGCCUUCGUCAGGAAAUUCUAAAACUGUUUUAUACACAUGUGGACAGGAUGACAUGGAGAUCACUAGAAGUCACACUACUGCCUUAGAAUGUAAAACUAUCUCACCAGAUAAAAUAACCACUAGGUCUAGGGACAAUACUGUAAUGUUUGUAGGUAAUCACAGUGAUUUGGAAGUCACCAAGUCCCAUACUGUUUUCAUUGAUUGUCAAGCUGUGGAAAAGAUACUUCAAGAGUGCCCUAAAUUUGGAAUAGCAAGAGGAAAAACCUUGGGUAUUUCUUUUACUAAGGAUGGUAGCUCUGUUCGAGAAAACACUGAAAAAAAAUCACAAGUUGUAGAAAACAAAGUUACUCUUCACACUGAGCAAAAGCAUCAUGUGAUACCCUAUUCUACUAAUACUUUGUCUACGGGUCAAGGUGAGAUAGAAAUCAAAUUCCAUAGCACUGCUGUGGAUGAAAAGGUCAUAGGGAAAGUUACAGUGGAAAAAGCCAAACUUGAACACUGCCACUUAAAUAGCACAGAUAAAAAUAUUGAUUUUACCAACAGUCAUGCAACUGCUGUUUGUGGAUCCAGUGAUAAUUUACUAAAUGUUAUUUCCUAUUUCGAUAAUUUGGACGGAAAUGCCAUGUCCUUAUGUGAUGAAGAUGAGAAAGCAAAUAAUUGCCCAGUGCAAAAUGACCUUGAUUAUGCAAACGAUUUAGCCAGUGAAUAUUACUUGAAACCUGAGGGACCGCCGUUCUCUGCCCCUAGUUUUCUGUUAGAUAAGGAAAAAAUUAUUCAAACCAAUACCACAGGACAGUUAGCAUGUAUUGGAACAGUGCUUAAAGGUCAAAAUCUGAUUAAGGAGCCCCCAAAUCUGUUAGCUAGUCAAACUUUAGUACAUGGUCAAGAUCUCAGGGACAUGACAAGACUUGAUGCAAAGCAAGUAUCUUUUAAGCUUCCUGCGGAUCAAAUGGAGGACUUUGUUGAUAAUGCAGAACAUAGUUUAAAGCAGACCUUUGUUGAUGAUUGUGUUGCUUCUCAGCCUCGUUUCUCAGCCCAUCUACCUCUAUUACCUCAACAAGGACAUAAUAUUGUUAAUAAAGAUGAAACAAUAUUAUCUAAUGUUAGAAGAAAUAAGAAUUUAAAUAUUGUUAUAGGAAAUUCCUCUGCACCCACAUGUGAAAAGAAAUCCAAAAUGCUCAAUGAGAAACAGUUUACUAUAGCCUUUGAAAAGGAACUGAGGAAAAAUAUUCAAACAGCUAAAUGUAAUACAGCUAUAGAUUUCCACAGUAACUCAGAUUUGACUAAGCAAGUUAUUCAGACUCAUGCCAGUCCUAGAGAAGCAUCAGAUUCUGUGAUUCCAUCUAAUGCUGCAAGUUUUAGUAGUGGCAAAUCAAAUCCGAAUAAUACGAAUGGGAAAACUGAAAAAUUUUUAGAUUUCCAAACUGUUCAUUUACCACCUUCCCCAGAACCAUUACUCGAAUUAGUAAAUAAGUCAGACAAUGAUAGGAGUAUAGUGCAAGCUACAGAAAUACAUAAAAUUAACAUAGUGUCCAGCAAUGUUGAAGAUGAUAGAGAUGAAGAAAAAAUUUCUCAUAAUGGAGCUGAAAUAAACUCUGUACCAUUAGUGUCAGAUAAAGUGAGGAGAUGUUCUUUAGGAAUAUUUUUGCCCAGAUUGCCAAACAAGAGAAAUUGUAGUGUCACUGGUAUUGAAGACCUGGAGCAGAUUCCGUCAGAUACAACUGAUUUAAAUCACUUGGAAACUCAGCCAAUCUCCAGUAAGGAUUCUGUCGUUGGAUUUGUUGCAGCUGAACUAAACAUAAGUCCAUCUCAAUAUAUAAAUGAGGAAAAUCUUCCUGUGUAUCCUGGUGAGAUAAAUUCCUCAGACUCUGUUAGCAUAGAAACUGAGGAGAAGGCUUUGAUCGAGACAUACCAAAAAGAGAUUUCACCAUCUGAAAAUAAAAUGGAAGAAACCUGCAGUAGCCAAAAAAGAACCUGGGUACAAGAAGAUGAUGAUAUUCAGAAUGAGAGAAAAAUCAGAAAAAGUGAGAUUAGGUUUAGUGAUACUGCACAAGAUCAAGAGAUUUUUGAUCACCAUGCUGAAGGGGAUAUAUAUAAAAAUGUUAACAGUGUAUUGAUAAAAAGCCCAAGCAGGACCCCAUCUAGUUGCAGCAGUUCUCUGGAUUCGAUCAAAGCUGAUGGGACUUCUCUGGACUUCAGCACACACCGCAGUAGUCAAAUGGAAUCACAAUUUUUCACAGACAGUAUUUGUGAAGAGAGCUUGAAGGAGAAACUCAAAGAUGGAAGAAUAACAGUAAAGGAGUUCUUUAUACUUCUUCAGGUCCAUAUUUUGAUACAGAAACCCCGACAGAGUACUCUCUCAGCCAAAUUUGCUAUAAACACACAACCUACUCCAGAAGACCUGAUGUUAAGUCAAUAUGUUUACCGACCCAAGAUACAGAUUUAUAGAGAAGAUAUUGGGACUCUUCGCCAAAAGAUUGAAGAAUUAAAGCUUUCUGCACUGAACCAAGAUAAACUUUUGACUGAUGUAAAUAGGAACCUAUGGGAAAAAAUGAGACACUGCUCUGAUGAGGAGCUGAAGGCCUUUGGAAUUUACCUGAACAAAAUAAAAUCACAUUUUACCAAGAUGACUAAAGUUUUCACUCACCAAGGAAAAGUGGCUCUCUACAGCAAGCUGGUGCAGUCAGCUCAGAAUGAGAGGGAGAAACUUCAGAUAAGGAUAGAUGAGAUGGACAACAUACUUAAGAAGAUUGCUGACUGUCUCACUGAUAUGGAACUAGAAACUAAGAAUUUGGAGGAUAAAGAGAAAGACAGUUCUGUGGAAGAAUGGGAUUCUGAAAUAAGAGCUGCAGAGAAAGAACUGGAACAGCUGAAAACUGAAGAAGAAGAGCUUCAAAGAAAUCUCUUUGAACUGAAGGUACAGAAAGAACAGAUUCUUGCUCAAAUAGACUUAGUGCAAAAACAAACAAAUAGAACUGAAGAGCUACUGGAUAAGUCAAGCUUGUCUGAGUGGGAUGUCAUUGAAUGGAGUGAUGAUCAAGCUGUAUUCACCUUUCUUUAUGACACAAUAGAACUCAUCAUCACCUUUGGCGAGCCAGUAGUUGGUCUCCCUUUCCUGAACAAGGCUUAUAGGAAGAUUGUUGACCUGAAAUUUCAAUCUCUGUUAGAUGAGGAUAAAGCUCCUCCUUCCUCCCUUUUAGUUCAUAAGCUUAUUUUCCAGUACAUUAAAGAGCAGGAGUCCUGGAAGAAGAAAUGUACAACACAGCACCAGGUACCCAAGAUGCUUCAAGAACUCUCACUGGUAAUAAGCCACUGCAGACUCCUUGGAGAAGAGAUUGAGUUUUUAAAGAGAUGGGGACCAAAUUAUAACCUAAUGAACAUAGAUGUGAAUAAUACUGAAUUGAAGCUUUUAUUCUCCAGCUCUGCAGCAUUUGCAAAGUUUGAGAUAACUUUGUCUCUCUCAGUCCAUUAUCCAUCUGUUCCGUUACUUUUCUCCAUUCAAAAUCACCUUGGAAACAUUGGCCGCGAUGAAAUUGCUGCCCUUCUAUCUAAAGUGCCACUGGAGGACAACUACCUAAAAAAUGUAGUCAAGCAAAUUUACCAAGAUCUGCUUCAGGGCUGCCAUUUCGACCAGUGGACCCAUGGACCACAGCUGUAACAACCAAGCACAGUACACUUAAUAAUGAUGUUAUGUCAGAGUCUCCACUGCUAUUUAAUCUUUGUCUUUAGUUCCUAGAAAGAAGCCUAGUAAAAUGCCUUCUUAUGAUGUUAUAGUUAA